AUGAAAAAGUUGUUGGAAAUGAUAAUAUCUGUAUUGUUGUUCUUGUUGCUCUUGCUGCCCUGUGUCUGUGGCCUUGUAGCUCUCCGUGAUGAUAGUUGCAAGUACGAUACUACUGUGUGGAAGAACAUGAGGAAUAAAACUGAUUAUACACCUUCUUCUAUUUCUAUUGUACGGGAAUUACCUCAAAAUGGUAAGAGUACCGUUUCCCUCUACACAACAACAACAGCAACUACUACUACUACAGUAAAUGGCGAAGAAGAGGAUUGGAUGCCUAUUCGUAUUCAUGUGUCUUCUGAGGAAUUGGAUAGAGCGAUGAGGCGUUGCAGUAGUGGAAUGACUGAUUCUUCACAUAGACACUCUCCAUCAUGCCGUGAUGGAAAUGUACUCACACCUCAGAAACGAGACAUUCUGUUGAAUGAACUCCUUCCUGCAGCUAUU